AAAAUCUAUAAACUUUUAUAGAUGGUAGGUUGGUCAUGCGAAAGUCAGCAGACUAUUUGGUAUUUCUCUGUAAAGCAGUGUUUUUUCUCUUCGACAUCUGCGUAUGUUAAUGAGAGGACAGUUUUCUAUCAUUACUUUCUCAAAUUGUGAUUUAAUCCGUUUAGUACUCAUGCCCGUUUCUCUAGCCAACUCACUGAAUUCGCUUGUUGUUUCACAUUUCGCGGUAAGGCCACCCUUUUUGGCUGCUGUCAACGUGCUUGUAUCUUGAACUGUGAUAGGUGGAAGAGCAUUUCGAAUAUGACGUCACAUGUGUAGUUUUCUUUUGGCGACAGGGGGCAGUGUUGUGCUAUGGGCCGUGGACAGACGGCCAAAAUGGCAUGCUCAUUUCACUUGAAUUUGGCAAAAAUUGAUUGUUUACACGAAAUGGAUCAAAUGUUUGGCUGAGAUGUGCUUUACUUUUUCAUCUAGAGGGUUCAAUACAAAUAUAAACUACUGUUUCAUUACAGAUAAAAUUAAGUAAAGCAUUGACACAUUGUUUCAGCUCCAUGUGUUGUUACAAGUGUAUCAUUUUUGUUGUAAUAGGCUUACGUUUUUGUUCAUUGAUCUGCAUUGUCCAGUUUUGGGUUGGAAGAUUCUAUGUACUGCAGGCCACUAUUAUUCAAGCAUGAUGAGCAUUUUUACAACAGUCUGUAUUUUAAACACAUGUGAGAGAUUGGGGCCCACGUUUCUUUACGCAUAUAUUUGGUGUCUUUUGCUUUUUGAUCAUUCAUGAAUGUGUUACUUACUUCUUCUUAACGGUGCAGCUGAAGUGCUAUUUGAAGGGUGGGACACAGCGUCCCUGCUAUCCUCCAAUAGAUUCAAAGUAAGCUUCAUGAUUGACAAUUCCGAGCCUGGGAGUGGGAGGAACAACCUCAGCAGCUAUCCCUUUGGCUUUGUUACGUCUGGGAAGCCAUUUUGGAAUUAUGUUGGUAGUGUCUGAGAAUUACAGGCUACUGUCAACUUACAAACUUUUGUGUCUGUUCACGAAUUAAUUUAGUCCACGAUAUCAGCGCUUGUCCUACUGGACUAAACCGCUGUUUGCCAUCAUUUUGAUUACGCGACUUGACAUGCGUCAAGAAGUUUGCGCAUCUUUUAAGGCUGGAUAUUUCUUGUCCAACUGGAUUACGUUGAAGACAACAUAAGAUACAUGGACUUACUGGACGGUGGCACAGAAGAAUGAACAUGGACUUCUCCCCCCUACACACAUACACGCCACCGCAGUGUGCCCCGGACAACACCGGAUACACUUACUCCCUCAGCUCCAGCUACUCGUCUGCGGCGCUGGAGUUUGAGCACGAGCACCAGAUCGCUCCGGUCUUCGACUCACCCAGGAUGUCACGCAGGAGCCUGCGCCUCCACACCGCCACGGGUCUCUAUGGCAACGACGGCCUGGCCGACGAAUCGCACAACCAUAACACGAGCUACAGCAACACCAGCAGUGCCAGCAGCUCGACAAAGCGGACUGUAAGGAGCAGGAGGCAGCAGCAGGCCUCAGCAGCUGAUCUGCAGACAGACUCGCAGACGCAGACGCUCACGCAGACGCAGACGCAGCGGCAGACGCCCGUGCGCAGGACUCUGCGCAGCCACAGCAGCUAUGUGCUGGGCCAGGCUGAGACGGACGGCUCCUUCAUGUCCACCUUACUGGACGAGUCCAGCCUCAAGGAGCACGCCACCUCCACUCCCAGAGUCUGGGGUACAGAGCAUGAUGCUGACCUAAAAGGACGCAGCGUUCGAACAGAGCACAGCUCAUCACGGGUCAACGGCGACGCCAGCGCCACACACACACACACACACACAACCGUCGCCAACGGCUACAUCUGCCGCGACUGCUCCAUCCACAGCGAGAGGAAGGACGCCCUCACCGCGUACUCUUCGUCAGGCUCGUCAUCCUCCUCCUCCGCUGCUGCUAGCGGUGCUAACGCCAACCUCCUCCAGUCCUCCAGCUCCUUCACCGCCUCCUCCGCCUCCUCCGCCUCCUCCGCCACCUCCAUCUACAGCAGCAAGCGCAGCCAGCAGCACAGGACAGGUGUGCUGGCGUGUGUGUCGGGCGCGUGUGUCCGCCAGAGCAGACGGGCGGUGUCCUCCGUGUACACCUUCAUCAGCCUCCUCUUCCACAGGCUGCUGGGUUCCUCCGGUGACCACCAGCAGGGCUCCAGCAAAGGUGUGCUGGUGUCUGUGUCAGAUACGCUGAGGCGUGCGGGCACCGCGCUCUCGGACAAAGUGUGGCUGCUGAAGUGGAGGCUGCUGCAGAGGCUCUUUUACAGGGACUACCGGCCCAAAGCUCACUCCAGUUACUGCGGCAGCAUGAACGUGAAGGACCUGGUGACAGGCGACGGGCAUCUCAACCUAAACGGAUCACUGUGUGACGACUGUAAAGGGAGCCAACACCUGGAGGCAAACACACUCAGCACACACUCCUCACAGCGCAGAGGCCUACUGGGGGCACUGUUGGCCCUGCUCACUUACACAGUUACAGGUGUGCUGCAGGUGUGUCGGGCCGUGGCCUCAGGUGGUGCGACCGUCGCCAGGAAGCUGCUAGCACUCCUGUGGCUAGUCCUCUUAGCUCCAGGGAAAGCUGCGAGGGGAGCAUUCUGGUGGCUGGGGACGGGAUGGUACCAGCUGGUCACGCUCAUGUCCUUACUCAACGUCUUCUUCCUGACCAGGUGCCUGCCCAAACUAUGGAAGCUCUUGCUGUUUCUGCUGCCCUUUCUGCUGCUUCUGGGUCUGUGGUACCUGGGUCCGUCCAGCCUGCUGGGCCUGCUGCCCGCGGUCAACCUGACAGAGUGGAGUUCCGUGACGCUCUACUCCCUGCUGCCCUCCGCCUCACUGUUCCCAAGCACACACACCCCCGUGGAGCAGGCCUCUCCGCUACCCCCCACACACACAUCACCCGCUCCCUCCUCCGUCCCACAGCUCUCUCAGCAGUCUGAGGCACGCCUGCUCGCUGCUCUGGCUGUGGACACGGAGCGUCUGUCUCGGCUGGAGGGGCGCGUGGUUGAGCUGUGGCAGAGCGUCCAGCAGGGGGAGCAGCGGCAGGAGGAGCAGCGCGGCCAGACGCUGCAGCACUACCAGAGCCUCCAGGAGCAGCUGCGCACGCAGACCGACAGGCACACGCUCGGCCUCUGGGUGUCCGACCUGCUCGAGGACAAACUGAGCGCGCUCCGUGCUGACCUGGAGCAUCAGGCCAAUCAGAGAGCAGAGUCCCAGGAGCAGUAUGGGGCAGAGCAGAAAGCUCAUGAGACUCGGCUAGUUGAACUGAGCCUCCUGCUGCAGGCCCUGGCUGCCAAAACUGAGGAGGUGCAGCAGAAGCAGAAGGAUCAGGAAGCAGUUGUCCCUCCUCCUCCUCCAGUGAGUGUGGGGGUGGGCCAGGAGGACCACGAUGCAUUGCUGCAGGAGGUGGGGCGGUUGGAGGCGGAGCUGGGCCGCAUCAGAGAUGACCUCCAGGGGGUUAUGGGAUGCCGUGGGCGCUGUGAGCAGCUGGACACCCUGCAGGACACAGUGUCUGCGCAGGUGAGUGCGGAGGUGCGGCGUGAGCUCCACGCUCUGUUCUAUGGCAGUGAGGCUGAGCCCGAGUCCGGUGAAGCUGCGCUGCCGGAGUCCCUGCUCCAGUGGCUGUCGGCGCGCUUCGUCCACGGCGACGACCUGCACGCCUCGCUCGCCACCCUGGAGAAGAGCAUUCUGGGUAACGUCUCCCUGCAGCUGGAGCAGAGCAAGCAGCAGCCGGCCUGCGCCGAGACCGUCACCCAGAGCGUCACCCAGAGCGUCACACACACCGCCCAGGCUGCAGGGAUGACCGAGGAGGAAGUACUUCUCAUCGUGCAAAACGCUCUAAGGCUCUACUCCUAUGACCGCACUGGGAAGGUGGACUACGCCCUGGAGUCAGGAGGAGGGAGCAUCUUGAGUACACGCUGCUCAGAGACGUACGAGACCAAGACUGCGCUCAUGAGCCUGUUUGGAUUGCCCCUCUGGUAUUUCUCACAGUCCCCCCGUGUCGUCAUACAGCCGGACAUGUACCCAGGGAACUGCUGGGCGUUUAAGGGCUCCCAGGGCUACCUGGUGAUCCGCCUGUCCCUGAGCGUGCUGCCCAGCGCCUUCUGCCUGGAGCACAUCCCCAAAGCCCUCAGCCCCACCGGCAACAUCAGCAGCGCCCCCAAACACUUCACGGUCUAUGGACUGGAGGACGAGUACCAGGAUGAGGGGAAGCUGCUGGGAGAUUACACCUACGAGGAGGAUGGGGAGUCUCUACAGACAUUCCCAGUCAUGGAGAAGAAUGACAAGUCCUUCCAGAUCAUUGAGAUGAGAGUCCUGUCCAACUGGGGCCAUGCCGAGUAUACCUGCCUGUACCGCUUCAGGGUCCAUGGGGAGCCCAGGGCCCAAUGAGGACCGGCUCCUGUAACUCUGUAUGUGUGUGUGUGUGUGUGUGUGUGUGUGUGUGUGUGUGUGUGUGUGUGUGUGUGUGUGUGUGUGUGUGUGUACCAAGGACAUGUACAUAGACAGAGGACAAGAGUGGGGACUGGGAACAGUGGGUCGGGGAUGUUUUUUUUUUUUAUAUAUGAGGACUACGUACGUCAGAGGACGGCUGUCAUGAAUGUGUUGAUCAUCGAAGAGACUGAAAAAAGGACAGCCAUUUUAUGAAAGAAAAGGAAAAAAAAAAAGACAGAAUCCUGAAAAGAUUAUCAGGAACAAAAGAACGAAUGAAUGAAUCAGGGAAAGAGGAGUUUGAGUGAGACGGAGGUGUGAUUCCCCUGCCUGCCCAGUCCUGCUCACUGAAUUCAAACCAGCUCUUGCACUGAAACGGACCUUUCCGGAAGGGAGUCCAGGAAGACACCCCCACCGACAUCUAUGCCCUGAGAAUUAACAACAACUUUUCUGUUGAUUUUUAUUUUACUUUUGAACCUCGUGUUUCACUGAACUUCUUGAGUUCAGGUCUUGUUUUUUAAGGACAUUUUAUCAUGUGUUUCAAAAGGAUCUGUGCAGUCUAGCCUGCAGCUCAACUCUCCAGUUGUUACCAACACACACACGCACACACACGCACACACACUCUAACGUUACUGAUCAUCUGUGGAGAAUGUCUGUCUCCCACCCAAAGCCCAAACUCUUCUCCUCCAUUUUAAGCUACUCUUCCUCAUGCUGCUAUACUGUACAGGAGCAGCAUGAUAGAAAAAUGUCUUUUUUGUGUUUUUGUUUUGAAUCUCGUGUCCAGUACCUCCCACUGUGUGGUUUUAUAUUUGAAAUGCAUCUACAGCCAUAAAUUACAAUGAUGCUUUGGAUUUCUGAUUUUUUUUUUUUUUUUUUGGACAGACUGAAUGUGCUCUGGAGAAGCUGUGCGUGUGUCUGUAUGCGUGUGUGCGCUUAUGCAUGCGUGUGUGUGUGUGUGUGUGUGUGUGUGUGCGCGCUCCUGCUUGCGUGUGUGUACUCGCCUGUAUGUCUCCCAUCUUAUCGGUCUCCUGUUCUCUCCGUCUCUCUUCUCCUUUCUCACACACACUCAUACGAACUGGAGUAGGUAAGAAGUGCGUCUAGCCUGUACACACAGAAAGCCAUCAAUCUGUUUAUAUUUUUAUAUGUGUAGAGUCCAGACGACAGUCCAUUUCAUUCAGUUCUUUUGCAUUUUUUUUUAGGGCAGGUCUAAUUAGUAAUGCCUCUGCUGUCUUUGCCACACAGCAGGAAUGUAAUGUAUAUUUCACUGUUAAUAGCAAAACCCUUUAUUAUUGGCCUAUAUCAGUGUUGCUUUACAAAAAAGGGUACCUUCUGUCAUCAUUAUAAUUAUUAUUGUAAUAUUAUUACUCAUUCACAUUAUGUUGUGUACCAUUUUGAUAUAGAAUGCUAAAGAAUGCACUGUUGUGACUUGUUAAAAGACAUGUAUAUUGCAGAAAAGUCCUAAACAAUUUGCCAGAAUUGUCGGAAGAAAACAAGGGGGGGAUAAGGGAGGACAUGGUAAAACUCUUCCUCGUCCUCUAAUUUGCGGACCUAAAAGUGUCUCCAAAUGUACAAAAUCGAUUUGUUCAUUACUAUUUAUUUGAAAUACGGUUAGUUAUUGAGAGUUAGGACUUUGUGCAGUGUAUUUUUUUGUAAAAUGCUUCUCAGUGCAUUUUUUGGACACUAUCUGUAGACAGUAAGGUUUUGUUCAAAAAAAAAUAAUUAGAUUUUAUUUUUGUUGCUGCUGUCAGAGGGUUGGUAAACUGCUAUGGGAUAACGUUACAAAUAAAACUUUUAAUUCUGAGCGCUUUUAAA